GUGCCAGACGGGACUGCACACACAGUCGGACGCCGCAGAGGCAGGAAGAGGCAUCAUGAAUCCGCUGUCUGUUUUGGUUCCGCUUCUCAAACUUUACUACUGUGGAAUCAGAGUUCUCAUCUACCAGAUGUUCCACAGAUCUUUUACCCUACCAGUCCUACAGAAGCAGAAUGGAAGAGUAGGCAUUGUCACCGGUGGCACCAGAGGAAUGGGUUAUGAGACCGCAAAACAUCUGGCAAGACUUGGCAUGCAUGUCUUUAUUGCCGGCAAUGAAAAAGAGGAGGGCCUAGCCGCCGCGAGGACGAUUCAGGAAGAAUGCAGAGAGGGGAAAGCGGAGUUUCUCUUUCUAGAUUUGACUUCCCUGAAUUCAGUCCGGAAAUUUGUCGAAACGUUCAAAGGCCGAGGGCUUCCCCUGCAUCUUCUGGUGAAUAAUGCUGGGACCAUGUUGAUCCCCGAGAUGCAGACAGAAGAUGGCUUUGAAGCCCACUUUUCUCUCAACUACCUCGGCCACUUCCUACUGACCAACCUGCUGCUCGAUUUGCUGAAGAGAUCAGGGAGUCCGGGCUGCUCUUCCCGAAUCGUCAAUAUGUCCUCUGCAACACAUUACGCGGGGGUUAUACACAUGAAGGAUCUCAACAGGAGGCAAAGCUACAGCUCCCAUGGUGCCUACGCCCAAAGCAAACUCGCCUUAGUCCUUUUCACUUACUACCUUCAAGAGCAGAUGACAGCCCAAGGUUUCCCAGUGAUGGUCAACGCCGUGGAUCCGGGGAUGGUGGACACGGCACUCUACAACAACCUGUGGAGCCUCGCGCAGGCGCUCAAAAAGCCGUUUGCAAAGACUUUGUUCAGGACUCCAACAGAGGGUGCCUCUAUCAUCAUGUAUGCUGCAACUGCCUCGGAGAUGGAAGGGGUGGGUGGCUGCUACCUCUACAACGGCGAAAAGAGACAAUCAGCCCAAGACUCCUAUGACUCUGAGCUUCAAGCGGAGUUGUGGAAAAUGAGUUGUCAGCUUGCAGGUCUAUAGAAGGCCUGAUAUGCAACAUGGUUGUCCAUCCAAGUCCUACAGAUCCACAUCAAACUCAAAACAAGCAAAACCUCAGGUUAGCAGAUAUUAUGGUUUUUCCAGUGCAAAUGAGAUUAACAUAUAAGGGCUUUUCUCAUUUAAAUUAGACCAGUGAGUCCCGAUCACUCUGUUGCGGAAAUGAUCCUCCAUCCAUUUUCUGAAACACUUUAUCCUCACAAGGGAUGCUGGAGCCCACCCUGGCUGACUUUUUCUUCCUCACUGUCAGCAAUGUAUAGUGACAGGAAGAACAAUUAAAUGCCCGUCCGCAAGUUUGCAAGCGGUCCAAUGAACCUGGUUUUCCACCCGUUGCCAUCGAUAUAACUGAAUUCUGGCUUUGUGUUCAACUAAACAAGUCCAGAUUUCUCAUAAGUGAAUUCAUGAGUAAAUUAA